AUGAAGUGCGUCAGUGGAGGCAACGUUAAAGUCCUCGGCCGAGCUGUGCACUCCCUGUCCCGCAUUGGCGAUGAGCUCUACCUGGAGCCCACUGAGAACGGGCUGUCCCUGCGCUCCAUCAACUUCCGCUCCGCCUUCGCCUCCUUCCUCUUCGCACCCCACUUCUUCCAGCGGUACGAGGCGGGCGGCCCCCAGCCCGACACCGAGCUCUUCCGAUGCAAAGUGCUCAUGAAGUCCUUCCUGGGUGUCUUCCGCUCGCUGCCCUCGCUGGAGAAGACGGUGGAGAAAUGCCUCAUCCUGCUCAAAGCCCAGCUCAGCCGCUUGGUCGUGCAACUGCACUGCAAGUACGGCGUCACCAAGACCCACAACCUGGCCUUCCAGGAGUGCGAGCGGCUCCAGGCUGUCUUCGACACGCAGCGAUGCGCCAGCAGCCUCCGCGCCCCGGGCAGGCUGCUGGCAGAGGCCGUGGUCCACUUCGCUGACGCUGGCCGGGUGACGCUGAGGGUUGACCCUGGGGGCAAGAUCAGCCUCCGGAACUACGUGGAGGACGAGGCGGAGCUCAGCAAGACGAUGGUGACGGAGCUGUGCUUGGCCAAGGAGGAGUUCGAGGCAGUGGCUGCAGUCCCGGACUCCCACAUCACCUUCUGCCUCCGGGAAUUCCGGGGUCUGCUGAGCUUCGCAGAGGCCUCCAACCUGCCCCUCAGCAUCUACUAUGACGCACCCGGCAGGCCGGCGGUCUUCACCCUGGAUGACGCGGUGCUGGAGGUCACCCUGGUGCUGGCCACCCUGUCGGACCCAGAAGCAGCUCCCAGCACCCCACAUCCAACGGGUAGGAGCUCCCACAUGCCUGCCCCUUCGGAGGACUUCGCUGACGACCUGGAGGCUCAUGUGGCAAUGGAAACCAGCGCCUGCGAGGAGAGCACGAGGGAACCCCCCAGCCCCACCUUCCCCCUGCGCACCCCACAUCCCCCCCCCAGCGACCCGGAGGAGGAAGAGGAGGGAGGCGGCGGUGCUGUACCAGGGACUCCCCCCCACAAGAAGUUUCGCUCAUUUUUUGGCUCAGUGCUGACACCGGGGCCCAACCCGGCCCCAACGCAGGAGGUGCUGGCAGAGGACAGCGAUGGCGAGUGCUGAGCACCCCGAGGUGCUCCACACACACACACACACACAAAACCUCAUAACCCCCAAAUUACAAGUUUAUUCCCCCAAAAAAAACCCUCCUGC